CCCUUAUACCGCCGCUAGGGGUGUCGGUGCUGCUGCGGCCUGAGAGCGCGGUGGCUUUGAGGGCGCGGGAGCCGUAACGAGCGCCGGCGAGGGCAGGCAAGAGGGUGGGAAAGCCGACGGGAGCGGAGGGCGGCGCCGGAGGAGGGCGGCGCGUGGCUGACUCAUCCCUCUGGAAGAUCUAACUGACGGAGACAAACCCUCGUCAAACCCGCCCGCCCGCGCCACCCCUCCUCAGCCGGGAGGCGCCCGCCCGCACCGCCCACCCGCCCUCUCCCGGCCCGGCAGCCUCGGAGAAAGUUUUUCUUGUCGGAGGGACCCGAGCCGCCGCGGGCCUUUCGGAAGAGAAGGGGGACAGGAAAGGAGGCGACCGCCGCGCGGGCCCGGGGAGUGCAUGGUGCCCGGCGCCUCGGCUGCCAGUCAGGAGGACAUCGGGGCGGGGUCGGGCUGAGCCGAGCUCCUUCUUCCCCCCGCCUCGCCAGAAAUCGCUCUCCCGGACUGCCGCGGGGGUCCCCGCUCCUCAGCCCGCCAUGUCCCGGCUGCUGCCGCUGCUGAGGAGCCGGACCGCGAGCAGCUUGAGGCCGGGCCCGGCCGCCGCGCCCCGCCCGCCGUCCUGGUGCUGCUGCGGGCGGGGGCUGCUGGCGCUCUCGGCCCCCGGCGGCUCCCGGGGGCUGGGCACCCACCCCAAGAAGGAGCCCAUGGAAGCGCUGAACACGGCGCAGGGCGCGCGCGACUUCAUCUACAGCCUGCACUCCACCGAGAGGAGCUGCCUGCUCAAGGAGCUGCACCGCUUCGAGUCCAUUGCCAUCGCCCAAGAAAAAUUGGAAGCACCACCACCCACACCAGGACAGCUGAGAUAUGUAUUCAUCCACAAUGCGAUACCUUUCAUAGGGUUUGGCUUUUUGGAUAAUGCAAUUAUGAUUGUUGCAGGCACCCAUAUUGAGAUGUCUAUUGGAAUUAUUUUGGGAAUUUCAACUAUGGCAGCUGCUGCUUUGGGAAAUCUUGUGUCAGAUUUAGCUGGACUUGGACUUGCAGGCUACGUUGAAGCUUUGGCUUCCAGAUUAGGCUUGUCAAUUCCUGAUCUUACACCAAAACAAGUGGACAUGUGGCAAACACGUGUUAGUACACAUUUUGGCAAAGCUGUUGGGGUGACUAUUGGCUGCAUUCUAGGAAUGUUUCCUUUGCUUUUCUUUGGAGGAGGUGAAGAAGAUGAAAAACUGGAAAAGAAAAAUUAACUCUCUUAGAAUAUCUAUAAAAAGAUGUAAACUCAUGUACCUCAAUUACUAAAUAUGCUGUCACAACAUUUAGGAAUUAAGACAAUAACAGUGUAUAGAUAUGGGAUCAAAUAAUUCAGCAUGUAUUAUGGAAAACACUAACUUAUUGUGGCUUGGUUUUCUUAGGACAUCUUUUUAAAAAAAAAUGUUUAGUAUCAUUUUGUGUAAAUUGUUGAAAUGCUUUUUCAUCAGUAGCAGUCAACAUUUUACCUUUUUCUUUACAUAUCAAAAUAUCAUUUAAGUAUCAGUCGUUGGUGUACUGUACUCAGUUGGGGUUUGCCUAUUUGUUAUUUCAUGUGCGUGCAUGCAUGAAAGGGUCUUCUGUUGUGGCUGUUGUUCUCCAGUUACAAUUCAGCCUUGAGACUUUUUUCCAAAUUAUGGACGAUAUUUAAUAUAAGUUAAAGGUUUUUCUUUUUACUCUAUUUGGCAACAUCAAUUUUGUACUGUUUUACAGUAAACACUUAGAAUCAUAUAAUUUCAGUCACCUUUUUAACUCAUCCUACUCAAGAUAGACCACACUUCAAGCAUUUUAAGUAUCUGUCACUCAUUUCAGUUUUCUGACCUCACCGUUUCAAGAGGUUAAUCAGAAUGAGUAAUUAUGUGGUGUCCCUACUACAUAAAACCACAAAUGUUAAUAAGUGUAUUUUCAGUUGAUUUUUUAACCUUUAAUUUCUCAAUUUUGAAUUAUUACCUGGUGGUUUCUAACUCCUUAGGGGAAGAAAAUGAUUAUUUUAAGGUCUUUUAUAAAUGAGGAGUAUGGAAUUAGGGUAAAACAAGGGGUUUGACAUGACACUUGGAAAUUAAGAGGCUGGAACAUCUUUUUAGAGAAGAAGAAAAUGGGAACUGUUGAGAAGGCUUAUGGUAUAAGCGGUAAAGUUGUGGUGUUUAGAGGGUUAAUGAGAUACAAAUUACAUUGUUUGGGAUGGAUUUCUUUUCCCCCAAAGUGUCUCCUCGUCUGAUUUGAAUGAAUCUGAGUACCCCAUACUCAUAAUCCUGAUGUCUUGUCUCAUUUAGUGAAUUCUAUUUUGGGAUAACUCACUUUGAGCUAAAAACUACAUAUUUUAUAUUUUGCCUUUUUUUGCUAUGAAUAGUCUAGUAGUCAAAAGUUACGCGAGGAGAAAUCUUUGUUUUUUGUCUUUUUUCUUCUUUUGUGAUGUUCAAAUAAUAUUCUAGGUUGAAAUUACUUAUGUUCAGCCUUCUAUAUCUGACAUACAUAGUAUAACUAUAUAUGAAUCAUAAAUUUUAAUUUUAUGAACCUUUAAGUUUGUUAGCAUAUGGUCUGUAACACCAUAUGCUAAAAAAUUACUCUUAUAAGAGUAAACACAUCAUGGAGGAGAAAAACUGAAGUUAAAAUUACUGUUUGGGCCACUGAAAUUAUUUAUAUUGCUAAAUAGAUACAAACGAAGGGAAACUUCUCAGAUGGCUGUAUUUACAGCUACCUUAUGUUGAAGUUUUAUUUGCACAUGAUUACUUUGACCUCUUAUUUUCAGAGGGGCUGCUUUUUCCCACAAAGCAGUUUGUCAUAAAUUAUGCUCUGUGAAUUUCAAAAUAAUUUAAAGGUAUCCUUCAAUCAUAGGUUUUGAGGGAAAAGAAGAAAAUAAAUCAUAUAAUGUAAAAAUAUAUAACAUUCUUAUUAUGUACAAAUAAUACAACAGUCUCAUUUGAUCACAUUAGAAUUACAGAAGUUGACUCCUUAAACAGAAUUGUGGUUUUACUUUCCACCUAGUACUACACACACACACCAAAAAGAAUUUCUUUAUUACUUCAGCUGAUAGGAUUCAAGUGCUUAUUUAAACACUGUCUUUUAU